AUGUCUGGAUCCGUCGACGUGCUGCAGCGCUCCUGCUUCAUCCUGGAUACUCCACGCGACCACGACCACGACGCCGCCGCGCCGCUGGGCCUCGCCCGGCCGAGACCGCGAUCGCUCUGCUGCGUGGCUUCACCCCCGAGCAAGCGUACGCGCGCCGCCGACGCCGCCGCCGCCGCCGCCGACUUUACCCCGUCGCCGACUUCAGGCGGAUUCGGUUUCUGCCUCCCGCAUCCGUUCCCGUACGACGCGGCCGCCGCGGCGAGGACGCGCAACAACGGCGGAGUCGCCGUCGCCGCGGGGCCGCUGCCGCUGCGGGCGAUAUCGCCCGAGGAGCUCGCGGCCCGCAUGACGAAACUGAAGCCAUUCCUGCUGCUCGACUGCCGUCCGUUUCUCGCGUACAACGCGCAGCACAUCCACGGCGCGCUGAACGUGAACUGCGCCGACCGCUUCAACAAGCGGCGCCUGCAGCAGGGCAAGGUCGGCGUCGCCGACCUCGUGAUGUCGCGCGAGGGACGCGAGGCGUUCCGGCGGCGCAUGGCGUCACGCGAGGUCGUGCUGUACGACGACGCGACGGCCGACGCGUGCCACGUGACGCCGACGCACUGCCUCUACCCCGUCAUCACGUACCUGCAGCGCGAGGGCAAGGUACCGACGCUGCUGAAAGGCGCCUUCAGGUUUCCACCACCAGCACGGCGAGCUGUCGAGCUUCUCCCGCAUCUUAUCCUUGGCAACGAACGCGACGCCCACCUGGAGCGGCUGCGGACGCUGCGCGUGUCGCACGUGCUCAACGUGACACACGUGCCGUUCCACCACGAGCAGCGCGCAUCGCCUACCGCCGCCCUGCCGGCGUCCAACAGCACCGAGCAGAAACUGCGUCAGUACUUCGACGAGGCAACUGCAUUUGAGGACGAAGCUCGUCAGAGGCAGUGCAACGUGCUCGUGCACUGUCACGCCGGAGUGUCGCGCUCGGCGACUGUCACCAUCGCCUACGUGAUGCAGCACCUGAAGCUAAGCAUGAUCGACGCGUACAAGUUUGUCAAGAACAAGCGACCGAUCAUCUCGCCCAACCUCAACUUCAUGGGCCAACUCGUCGAAUACGAGAAGUCGCUCAACUACAUUCCGUCGCAGCAGCUGGCGCCCUCUCAACCGCGUCUGAUCGGCAUCGAGACGAGCGUAUGAGAAAAGAUUUUUCAUUGGUCAGCCGCGACCUGCCGAAGCGCCGGCGUUUCUCCGUGUGUGUGUCCGUUGCGAGUAGUCGCGCGAAGAGAUUCGCAUGGCAGGUGUGUGUGUGUGUGUGUGUGUGUGUGUGUGUGUGUGUGUGUGUGUGUGUGUGUGUGUGUGUGUGUGUGUGAGCUCGUUCUGCAUUAACUAAAAAAAAUUGGAGGUCCCCCCGAGUUGUGCGCCCGAGGGAGGAUGCGGUAGUGCCUUGAGCUAUUGAAGAAAGCAAAUUCAGAAACGAGUAUUUCCAAAAUAAUGCAAAUUCGAGAACAAGCAAUUCAAAAAAGGCAAAUUCAAAUCGGGCCCUCGUCAAAAACGUCUUUCUCAAAAUGAAAUGGUUCUCAAACGAGCGAUGUCAGAACGAUGCGGCUACUGUAGGUGUUCGCGCCUCUUCGCAAUCAGAACUAGAACUGAGUUCGGCAUCUACUCAGGAGAAGGAAAGAAGCCUUUUCGUGAGGAUGUGUGUGUGUGAAAGAGAGAGGGAGAGAGAGAGAGAGAAGAGGAAGGAGUUCGUGUGGAUUCCUCUCGUGUCGUAUUUGACUGUGACGCAACUGCGGCAGUAGAGAAGAGGUUUCCUCGCUGCGCAGGCACGCGUGUACAUGCGCCGCUACCCCGGGUUGCGGUGAUGUUCGCGCCGUAACAUUCGAUGCAUCGUUCGGUGGGAUUUUGCGGCGACACGGGAGACGGAGAGUUCCGAUGCAGAAGCCAAAAGGAAACUAAAGCUAGCGGGAGGUAGCCGCGCGGAUGCUGAUGGGGGAUGCUGGAACAUCGAGAGCGAGAGAGCUCUGUCAGAUGUCCACAUGUAGAAGAAACUGGUGUUGUUACGCUAGUCAGCAGUUUUCCACCCCUAUGUUGGUUGCAGGUGACUGUAUGGACCCUCCUUGUACUUUAUUUCGCAUUUCAUUCUGCAAUGGGCCAAAGUAGUAUUACCCCGGCACUAUGGUUUACGUAGUGACCCGUAUUGGCUAACCAGUAUAGCCUCUGAGUUAGUUUACCUUAAUUUAUUUAAAAAAAUGUGUGUGUGGGACAGCGUAAUUAGUAUAUUAUGAAUAAUUUGGUAGACGUGUAAUUUAAUUCGUAGAUUAAUUCGGUAAUGUUAUGAUAAUUUAGCCGUGGCUGUCACGACAGUCGUGUGUACGCUUUGUGUUUAGAUGGUUUUGUUUGUUUUCGUUCGUGAUGGAGCUUUCAGUAAAGUAGGUUACGCGAGUAUGCCUAAUUGGGUGCUUGACGUUUGGACGCCAUGGGGGGAGGGGAGGGCUAAACUACCGCCAGUCGUGUUGUCACGGUUGGCUGACGUAUACAAAGGCGCAAAGAUCACAUUCGAUUGCAUUUAAAAACAGCGCUCUGUUGUACAGAUUUGACGAGCAUGCACGAAACGUACGGCGUGCGUUCAUAGUUGACAAUUCCGUGGUCCGCUUGUCGUGUAAGAAAAACUGUGAUUGACAUUCCAAUUAAUUCCUUCUUGUGGCUGAUUUUAUUCACCGCUAUCGGAUCGAUUUUUGACUUGAUCGAUAUCUCCCCGUCUUUAAUUCUGCUCUGUUCGCGUGACCGUCGCCGUGUACUUUGGUGGUGUGGUUUAUGAUGAUUUCUGUGUUGUUAUGUGUAGUGAGGAUGUACGUGCGUAGUACCUAUUAUUUAUAUCGUGCUAGUCAUAUAUAUAUAUAUAUAUAUUCUAGGAGAGAUCCCUUGUAUUUUUGUAUUCGAUUCGUUUAUAUCUUAAUACGAUACGGGAUCGAUCGAUGACAGGUUUUUUUGCGCGUGUUUGUGAGUAAAAUGAUCGGGUGUUUUAUUGGCGGACAAGGUUUUUUCUGCGCAGAUGAUCCUGUAGCUUUCGUGAUCAUGACGAUCUUGGACAGUUGAUGUUAUCGUCAAGUUUAUUAUGGAUUUGAUUUCAUUGGAUCAUCACAUCAUCCAAUUUGGUGAGGUCAUAGAUUAUGUGUGAAUAUAUCGUGCGCACAUAAUCGAGAAUUUGAACCAUUUUGACAGCGGUGGUUUUAUUGUGUUUACCUACCAUCGGUUAUCAUAAAUGGUUAUCACGUCAACUUGCCCAUUAUAAUUAUGAUCAUGGGAGAUAGGACGCUGUCGUAAUUUGUACAUUUGCGCUGCAGGAUUGCGGCCAAUUAUAUAAUCAGGUGACAUAUUUGUCGUCGCCACCUUGUCGUUUCAAUUGCGUUGCUCAGAAUUAAGUCCGUGUUGUAAUCUUGCACAAAGUGUCCUUAGCUCUUGACGUGUGGCUCUUAUGUAUAUGUCUGUGUGUGUGUGUGUGUGUGCGUUUGUGCGUUCAAGCAUGCGUGCGCGCCUACGUGCG